AAGAAUCUAGCCAAACGGACAAAAACGUGAAUAGCAAAGCAUAUAUAUACACAACUUACCUUUCCGGUGCCCUUGGACUCCCGGAGAAGAACAACAAUAUACCAUCGCCGGCCAUUCAAAUCAUCUCUCUCGAAUUUUUCCACAUCUGAAUCCGUCAUCGCAAGUAUCGAUUUGAUUUGCAACUUUCCGGAGGUGUAUUUGCUCGAUUUCAACCCUAAGUAAGGGCACAUGACUGGUCUUAACCAAGAAAAUGGAUGGAGGUUAGUGUCAAGGACUUGUGGUGUGCAAAAGUUUCAAAUAAAGGACACUCAGUGUAAUUUCUAAAGACAAAGGACACAUGGUGCAAAUUGGUGAAUAACUUGUGUAUCAAGCAAAGGGUGGUGGUGGCUGAACUUUAUUUAGCUUGCAAGAACAUAUUAUGCGUGGAUAGGGUUUCAACUAGUGGUGCAAGUAAUAUGGAUGUGGUGAACGGUUCCAACAACUCCCCUAGCCUAGCUUCUAAACAAAGACUCCGUUGGACUCAUGAGCUUCAUGAGCGAUUUGUCGAUGCUGUUGCACAACUCGGUGGCCCCGAUAGAGCUACUCCAAAAGGUGUGCUCAGAGUCAUGGGUGUUCAAGGUCUAACCAUUUAUCAUGUGAAGAGCCAUUUGCAGAAAUAUCGGCUGGCAAAGUACCUCCCGGAUUCCUCUUCUGAAGGAAAAGCGUUUGACCAGAAAGAAUCGGGUGACAUGCUUUCUAGUUUGGACGGGUCAUCUGGGUUGCAGAUUACUGAACAACUCAAGCUGCAAAUGGAGGUGCAAAAGCGACUGCAUGAGCAAUUGGAGGUGCAAAAACAGCUUCAGUUACGGAUCGAAGCCCAAGGGAAGUACUUGAAGAAGAUCAUUGAAGAGCAACAGAGACUGGGUGGUGUUCUAGCUGAUGCACCUGGCGCUGCUGACGAAUCCAAAAGUGUAACUGAUCCCAUGACCCCAGCAGCUCCUGCCAUUACUGAAAGACGUGAGCCCUUAACACCCGACUCGGGUUCAUCAAUAGGGGAACGGUCCGUGAAAAAGCAACGAGUGGGCAUGGGGUUAACUCACCAAAUACUUGAGUCAAGUAUUAGGCCGCCAUUCCAUCACCAGCCGCCACCACAGCAGCAGCAAUCACUUUAUUUGACCACACAGCAGUUUGGUCAUUCAUCUGGGAUGCCUCUUGACAAUGAAGAUUAACAUGCUUUGUUUUGUACCUGUGCAGUUUAUAGAGUCAUAUAUUUGGUUAGAAGGUCCAAAGAGUGUGGUAAGAUUGAAAAACUUGUAAUAUGUAUUCUCAUGUUAAGACAAAUUAGUUGAUAUUAGUAACGAAUGUAUUUGUUUGUUGUUA